CGUGGUGGGAGGACUGGCAAAAGCUCUCAGAUCGUGACUUGCGCCAAAGACUGUGGAAAAUGACUACAAACGAUGUGACAGUAAAAAAGGAAAAAUGCGAGGAGGAGGCCCGGACUGUAGCAUGGGAGGAGAAAACCAAGAAACCUUCCAAAAACAAAAUGGAUGAUGGCCCUGUGGAGGUGCCAGCCGAGAUCUGUGUGGUAAUCGGUGAGAAUCGGACUCAGCAGAAUGUUGGGUCUUAUGAAUGUGGAAUCUGUCGAAAGAAAUACAAAUAUUAUAACUGUUUCCAGACUCACGUCCGUGCACACAUAGAUAAUGAAGCUGCGUCGGUUGAGGGAGCCUCACAGGGCAACAAUUUUCGCUACACGUGUGACAUCUGUGGCAAAAAGUACAAAUAUUACAGCUGUUUCCAAGAGCACAGGGACUUGCAUGCAGUGGACGUCUUUAGCAAAGAACAAAAACAAGAGUCUACAGCAGACACCUAUAUCCAUAUGAUGGUUACGUCAGGAGACGGAAAAGAAGAGGACCUUGAACCAUUUGUCAAACUUGGUCCAAUUACAGAAAUUUCAAAAAACAUGUUUGCCAAAAAAAGGGUUAGACAAAUUAAUAUGGAAUUCAGGAAAACCGGUAAUUAUAUGUGUGAGUUCUGCGGCAAACAGUACAAAUAUUACACUCCGUACCAGGAACACGUAGCACUGCACACUCCUCUCAAAAGUGCAUUUAACCAAGAAAUUGAAGCAAAACAGCCCAACCACUAUGAGGAAGCUAACAGCAAUUCCCAACAUUCCAGUGAGCCGUACACUUGUGGGGCUUGCGGGAUUCAGUUCCAGUUUUACAACAACCUCCUGGAGCACAUGCAGUCACAUGCCGCUGACGAGAACAGUAUCGCCACCAACCAGUCCAGGUCACUGCCACCAGCAGAGGAAAACUGGAAGACUCAACCCCAAAGAAACAAUACAAACAACACAGCACCUCUUGCUACUACACCCGUGGCACCUGUCAACAAUUCGCUCCCCGAAAAAGAGCGUCAGCAUAUUGCGGAACGGCUGCUGAGAGUAAUGUGCGCUGACCUCGGAGCCUUGAGCGUUCUCAACGGGAAAGAUUUCUUCAAACUGGCACAAACGCUUGUUGACACUGGAGCUCGCUAUGGAUCAUUUUCUGUAAAUGAAAUCCUAGGAAAUAUGAACAGCCUGGCCAUGAAACAUUUACCACGAAUGUACAACCAAGUGAAAGUAAAAGUGACCUGUGCCCUAGGGGGCAACAUCUGCUUAGGAAUUGGGGUGACUUGCCACUCGCAAAGUGUUGGUACCGACUCUUGCUAUGUCCUCACUGCAUAUCAAGCGGAAGGGCAUCAGAUCAAACGGUAUGUCCUGGGAAUUAAAGACGUAGACGGUAGAGACAGUGGCGAAUUUAUCCACCAGUGGGUGCAGAAUGUGCUCUCCGAGUUUGUCAUGUCGGAAAUCAGGACUGUCUAUGUCACAGACUGCAAAGUGAAUUCUUCGGCUUUCUCCAAGGUUGGGACUUGCCUACGUUGCUCUGCAUGCUCAUUAAACUCUGUGGUACAAAGCGUAUUAAACAAACGCACCUUGCAGGCCCGUAAUAUGCAUGAGGUCAUAGAACUUUUGAAUGUCACGGAAGAGCUGGCUGGCACUGCUGGUAUAGUUAGGGAGACCUUUGGUUCCCUUGAGGAAAGCUCUCCUCCGCCUUGUUGGAAUUCUGUGACGGACUCCCUGUUGCUCGUUCAUGAACGGUACGAGCAGAUCUGUGAAUUUUAUAGCCGGGCAAAAAAGUUGACCAUGAUCCAAAACCUGAACAAGCAUCUACUGAGCAAUUUAGCUGCCAUACUUGCCCCUGUGAAAAAAGCUGUCAUUGACCUUAGCAAUGAGCGUAAACCAACCCUACAGCUUGUGCUGCCUACUUAUGUUAAGUUGGAGAAGCUCUUCACCUCAAAAGCAAAUGAUGCAGGGAUCAUCAGCAAACUGUGCCACCUCUUUCUCGAAGCUUUGAAGGAGAACUUCAAGGUCGAGUCUGCACACAAAGUUGCCAUGAUUCUGGACCCUCAGCAGAAACUACGGCCUGUCCCUCCAUACCAACAUGAAGAAAUCAUUACUAAAGUCUGUGAAUUAAUUAAUGAGGUCAGGGACGGAGUGGAAGAGACAGAGUUCGUGGCUCCUCCUAAAAAAGCCAGACAAUCGUCAGAGACAACCAAAGUUCAGGAUGAUGACCGCAUGGGGAAGAACGAAGUCUAUGACUAUUUGCAGGAGCCUCUUUUUCAAGUGUCCCCUGACCUUUUCCAUUUUUGGUCAUCCGUUACCCAAAAACACACAAGACUUUCCAAGCUUGCCUUCUGGUUGUUGGCCGUCCCAGCUGUUGGAGCACGAAGCGAGUGCGUAAACAUGUGUGAACAGGCCAUGCUUAUUAAAAAACGGAGACUUCUCAGCCCAGAAGACAUAAAUAAAGUCAUGUUUCUUAAAUCAAAUUUGCUUUAAAAAAUAUAUUAUUGGGAUAAAACAGUUCUGUUAAACAAAACACUGUUCCAAAAAUUAGGUGGAUGACUAAGGAACUCGCGUUGAAACACUGUGGACCUCAAAAAAUUGAAACGCUAGGAACCAAGUGCUUUUUUUUUUUCUUUUUUUUUUUCUUUUUUUUUAUACUAUAAAGAGACGGAACAAGGAAUGUUUUUGAUCUUUUUGUGAAAGUGUUAAGAGGAAAAACAAUGGUGACCUUUCUAACAGCUACAGGCAGCUGACUUCCAAAGUCACUUGAAAUUAAUUUCUACACAAAUGACUUUUUAUCUACAUCUAAUAAGUAUUUAUUUCAGGGUAUUAGCAGGGCCUUAACGUGCUUGGUAAGGCAUCAUACAAAACACAAACAUAUUUUAUUGGGGGAAAAAAUGUUUAAGGAGAGUCAGGUUGGCUCCUUCAAGUUAGCAGUUUUAGGAUUUAAAAACAGUGUUUUAUCUGCAGUUAUUUUUUUACAUUUAUUGCUGAUCCCAUUUUUGGUUGUUUUGAAGAAUAUUUUAGGACUACACUUAGUAUAAUGUCUGAUGGAAAGUUAUUGAACUUUUUUUAUUUUUUAUAAUAGAUGGUUCACUCUGUAGACUACUGUAUGUUAACUUGACUGUCCUAACUCAUCUUAUUGGUUUGGUGUUAAAGGUUUUUGUUUUCUCUGAAGCACAUAAAUGUUUUUUUGUUGUUGCUAAUUUAUGAGUGGAAAAGAAAGUAACCAUUGAGAAUUACAGGCAGUGAACACGAAUGUACAAGCAGCUUCUGGCACAAUAUGAUGUUCUUCAUUGUAUCUGUAGCACGACUGGUUUUGCAGCACAGUGAGCCAUGCACACUUGGGGGGUGGGAUGGGG